GCUGCUGCCGCUGCUCGCCAGUCGGAUUGAAUUUCCGGCGUCCGGGUGUUUCCUGUCGGCUGUGUUACACUUCCUGCGGUGCCGAUAGUGGAGAGUUUCUGUCGCUUUCAGGAUCACCUUGCAGGUUGCAUGGGCCAUGAGGGGGAUGCUCCUGACUCUGGCUGCACACGCUCGCGCUGUUACACGGAGCGGGCUGCGGGCAGCCCGAGAUCUGGGACAGCGCGCGCCGCUUCACCCCGAUCCCAGGGCUCGGCUGGCGCGAGACGCCCGGAGGAGCUGCAGCGCGGCCGCGGAGCCUGGCUUUAUUCAUCAGCCAGUUUUUAACAUUGAUGUUUUGGUGGCUUUGUUACGUCAGGAGAAUGCGAAGGACCUAUGUGUCAUUAAACUGCCCAAGGAAAUAAAGUACACCGAUUAUUUUGUUAUUGUGAGUGGAACUUCUGCAAGACAUUUGCAAGCCAUGGCACAAUAUGCAAUUAAAGUGUAUAAACAGUUAAAGAAACAGCAGAAUGCUCAUGCCCACAUUGAAGGGAAAGUUACAGAUGAUUGGAAGUGCAUUGAUUUUGGUAACAUAGUAGUACAUUUCAUGUUACCCGAAACCAGGGACGUUUAUGAACUGGAGAAGCUAUGGACUUUGCGUUCCUAUGAUGAUCAAUUUAAUAUGAUACCUCCAGAAACUCUACCAAGAGAUUUUAUAUAUGGACCAACUGACAACCCAGAUGAAGACAGCAGCGAUUUCAGAAGAUUGUCUUGAAGGGAUUCACAGCAUUGAACCAGUAUUUGUGUGAAUUCAAACUCAUCCACAGUAAUGAAUGAGUAAUGGAAAUUAGUUGGAGGCAACAGGAUUGGUCUAACUGGUGUAAGGUAGAGAAAGUAGGUCUAUUGAAAUGAAGUCCAGCUUGUAAGAACUACACACAAGCUGUUGACAUUUGGAUCAUGCAUUGAUUUAUAAAAAGUUGAACUGACUACAUUUUGCAAACUAAAUCAAUGUAGCAGCAUUUUAGUUGGAUAUGCUUUACAAAAUUUUCUGGUGUUGAAUGUAUUUAUUGUAUACCAGAAACUGUAAUGCAUAAGCCACAUAUUUGAACCUUUGAAGUUAGACAGCAAUUUAUAUAACACUGAAUUAUAUCAAAAUGAGCUGAAGCUUCUGUUACAAAUAAAAGGCUAAAAUGUUUUUUGUCCUUUUAACAUGAAAUUUGACAUGUACAAUAGUUAGUAAAGGGGAUAGCAUGUCAGACACUUACCUAACAUUGCAAAAAAAUUGCAUUUGACAUGGGCAGUGAUAGUAUUGGAAAAGAAACAUAGGCAGAUUUAAAAAAACAUGCAUCGCCACAACUCUAGCACAGUAAGAUUUUUGGGUGCUGCAGAUAAAUUAUGAAUACCAGUUCACUGUGAUCUAAAAGUUACUGGGUACCAUCUGAAUAACAGCUGUAAGGUAUGGAAGGUUAGUGCUGGAUGACAUGCAGUGGACCUGCUCUGAGUAACUAGAGGGAACAUAUUGGAGUACCCUCUACUGUGUAAAAAUCAAACAGAAUUAAUUUAUUGAACCAUUGAAACAUUAGUUGACAUUGCUGUUUCUUAAAA